AACAUUUCUUCAUUCAUUGUGUAAAUUUUGCUUGGAAUGCGGUUUAUUUUUGUGCUUUUUAAAAGUUUUUAAUUUGUCGUUAAAGAUUAAAGUUGUAAUAUUUGUGUUACUUUAAAAGGAAUAUAAUAAUUUCAUCAUGGGAACCAUGAAAACAUUUGAUGUGGACAUGUUUCCAAGCGAUUUGGAAUUCUCAGUUUUUACUGGUGAAGAAAUCAAACGUCUCAGCGUGGUCAAGAUUAUUACUGGUCUAACGUUCGAUCCUUUGGGACAUCCUUUGCCAGGAGGUUUAUACGAUAGUCAAAUGGGUACUUAUGGAAAACGCAUGGAGCCAUGUGCUACAUGUCUAAAUAUACAGGCUUGUCCUGGCCAUUUAGGCCACAUCGAAUUGAACGCCCUGGUAUAUAAUCCAUUUUUUAUUAAGCUUGUACAAAAAAUGUGCAACGUAUUCUGUUUUACUUGUCAAAAAAUGCAAGCAAAAGAUCAUGAGAUCGAAAUACUCAUACUACAAUUGAGACUCAUUGAUGUUGGCUAUAUUGUGGAAGCACAAGAAUUAGAGAUGUACAAAUCUGAAAUCGUGCUAAAUAACGUUGAAACGAUGGUGAAAUUGGAAAGUGGUGACAAUGUUCAUCCACGUAUUGGGGAAAUGUACCAGCUUCUUGAGAAAGGAAUCAUCAACAAGGUAAAUGUGACUAAAACUUCCUGUGCUCUCCGCUCGGCUGUAGUAAAUGCAGCACUACAGCGUCCAACUUCGAAGAAAUGUAUACACUGUAAAAAUCCAUUGCGAAAUAUUCGCUAUCUACAUCGUAAACUCGUCUACUAUAUGAGCAUUUCAGAAAUUAAAAGCAAAUUCGAAAAUGUAGAGGACCCUAGUGGUCAACAUAAAGUUAUUUUUGCCGAUGAAUGUCGGAAAUUCUUGCGCCAGGUUUAUAAUAACUAUCCUGAAUUGAUGAAACUUCUUUUUCCCAUUCUCAAUAUUAAUUUGAAAUCGAACGACAAAGAUGCUUCUCCAGUCGAUAUAUUUUUUAUGGACACAAUACCAGUGACACCACCAAAAGCUCGGCCUUCAAAUGUAUUAUACAACCAAAUUGUUGAGCAUACUCAAACAGCUCUUUAUCGCAAUAUAAUUGAAAAUAAUUCAGUGCUUCGUGUAGUUUUGAAGCACAUUAAAGGUCAGGUUGAUGAGAUGUCUGCAGAAGCAAAGGAAGCAUUCAUUAGCACUAGAGGAGAAACGCCAUAUGAAAAACUUUAUAAUGCUUGGCAAAAUUUACAAUCAUCUAUAAAUAUAUUAUUAGACGUUAACAUGUCGAGAGAUUCUCCAUCUUCAACUGGUUUAAAACAAGUGUUGGAAAAGAAAGAAGGUCUUAUACGGAAGCACAUGAUGGGUAAACGUGUUAACUAUGCAGCACGUACUGUCAUAACACCCGAUCCUAAUAUCAAUGUAGAAGAAGUUGGCAUCCCAGAUAUAUUUGCGAAAAAAUUAUCUUAUCCUGUACCGGUGACUCCAUGGAAUGUCGCCGAGUUACGUAAAAUGGUAAUGAAUGGACCAAAUGUACAUCCCGGUGCCAAUUACAUACAAGAUGAAAGGGGCUAUACUACCAUAAUUCCUGCUGAUAACGCCGCUAAAAGGGAGAGCAUGGCAAAGUUAUUGUUUAAUUACCCAGAAAAGGGCAUUAAAAUUGUCCACCGUCAUGUGCUAAACGGUGAUGUGUUACUUUUGAAUCGUCAGCCAUCUCUACAUAGACCUUCAAUUAUGGCCCACAAAGCUCGUAUCUUGCAAGGGGAAAAGACUUUCCGUCUACAUUACUCUAACUGUAAAGCUUAUAAUGCUGAUUUUGAUGGUGAUGAAAUGAAUGCACAUUUACCACAAAGUGAAGUGGCACGUUCUGAAGCUUACAACUUAGUUAAUGUUGCUAGCAAUUACUUGGUUCCUAAGGACGGCACACCUCUUGGAGGUCUUAUUCAGGAUCACGUUAUAUCAGGUGUAAAAUUGUCUCUGCGAGGACGUUUCUUCAAUCGUGAUGAUUACCAACAACUUGUCUUCCAAGGUUUAUCCCAUAUUAAGAAAAACAUAAAACUUUUACCACCGACUAUCAUAAAACCCAUACAGUUGUGGUCUGGAAAACAGAUUUUGUCGACUAUAAUUAUAAAUCUAAUUCCCGAAGGUUACACUCCGAUAUCUUUGAACUCUGUUGCAAAAAUUGGUGAUAAGCAUUGGAUGGUCACCACUAAUAGAAAAGCCAUUGCAGGAGGCACAGAUCUAAAAAAUACUCAAAUGUCAGAAAGUGAAGUUGUUAUACGAAAUGGUGAACUUUUAACUGGUGUUUUAGAUAAACAACAAUACGGUGCCACUACAUAUGGUUUAAUUCAUUGCAUGUACGAGCUGUAUGGUGGGGAUACAUCCACCUGCUUAUUGACAGCUUUUACUAAAGUAUUUACAUUCUUCUUGCAACGUGAGGGCUUUACAUUGGGUGUCAAAGACAUUCUAGUCACCGGAGCGGCAGAUGCGAAAAGACGUAAAAUUAUACAAGAAAGCAGAGAAAUUGGAAAUGCUGCAUUAGCUUCGGCCUUGGAUUUGGAAGAUGUUCCUUCUUUGGAUGUACUAUCUGAAAAGAUGGAGGAGGCUUACAUCAAAGAUCCUCAAUUCCGCGUUGUCUUAGAUCGCAAAUACAAAGCUUUGUUGGACAACUACACUAAUGACAUCAAUAAAACAUGUUUACCUGAUGGUUUAAUAACAAAGUUUCCUAGUAAUAAUCUGCAAUUAAUGGUUUUAUCUGGCGCUAAAGGCUCUAUGGUAAACACUAUGCAGAUUUCCUGUAUGUUAGGUCAAAUUGAAUUGGAAGGUAAACGGCCGCCGCUAAUGAUAUCCGGAAAGUCGUUGCCCAGUUUCACUUCGUUUGAAACAUCACCAAAGUCUGGCGGCUACAUUGAUGGACGUUUCUUAACGGGCAUACAACCUCAGGACUUCUUUUUCCAUUGUAUGGCUGGUCGUGAGGGUCUUAUUGAUACUGCUGUGAAAACUUCUCGUUCAGGUUAUUUACAACGUUGUCUUAUUAAACAUUUAGAGGGUUUGACGAUUAAUUAUGACUUGACGGUCCGUGAUAGUGACAACACGGUGGUACAAUACCUUUAUGGCGAGGAUGGGCUUGAUAUUUUGAAAUCAAAAUUCUUCGAUAGCAAAUUUGGUACAGAAUUUUUAACGCAAAAUUCUUCUGUAAUUUUGAGCCCUCAAGAAUUGUCGAAGAUUAAAAACGAAGAAGAACUCUCUAAAGUGCAACGACAUAAUAAAAAGUUGCGCAGCUGGUUAAAGAAACGCAGAAGCGCCGCAAAGGCUCACACAAAGCACCUCUCUCCAUUUACAGAAUUCUCCGCAGAACUUCGCAACGAAAUUGAGGUGGAAAAUCCCAACGAAAUAAAUGAAAUGACUGGCAGACGUCGUAUAGAUGAAGCCAUAAUCAAAUUGUGGCGCAAGGCAGAUGCUGACAGCAAAAAGCUGUAUCGAAAAAAAUAUUCCCGCCAGCCUGAUCCCACAAAUUCAGUUUAUAGCCAAGAUACAACUUUCGGCUCUGUGUCUGAAAAAAUGGAACAGAUUGUAGCCGAUUACAUUGAAAAACAUCCAAAUCGAAAGGAGGUCGUCACCGAUGUUAUGUAUGUCAAAAAUGUUAAAGCAUUAGCAGCACCAGGUGAACCAGUUGGUUUGUUAGCAGCACAAUCCAUUGGUGAACCCUCUACACAGAUGACACUUAACACUUUCCAUUUUGCUGGCCGUGGUGAAAUGAACGUUACUCUGGGUAUUCCACGUCUGCGUGAAAUUCUUAUGAUGGCUUCGGCCAAUAUUAAAACACCAUCCAUGGAUAUACCUAUUAAAGCCAAUCAAGAGAAGGCCGCGGAAAAAUUAAGAAUAUCUUUGAAUCGGGUCACUCUCGCUGAUGUUUUGCAAUAUGUAAAUGUUAAGACACAAUUGGUCCAACAGCCUACCAGAUCGCAAAAAUAUGAAUUAACAUUUCAAUUUCUGCCGCGUGAAGUAUACAGUGAUGACUUUUGUGUAAAACCCAAACAAAUACUUAGAUUUAUGAGCAAUAUAUUCUUCAAAUCUCUUUUCCGCGCCAUCAUCAAGUCGAACAAGUCAAAAUCUAUAACCAUUGAAAUGAACGAGAACCAAAAAGAAGAUUCAAACAACGAUGAUAAAAUAGAUGGCGAUGACGGUGAAAACGCAAGUGAUGGUAAUAAAAAAACCAAGUCAAAUGAAUCGGCUAACGACAAUGAUAAAGAUUCGUCAGACGAGGAAGAUGCUAACGAUGAUGGCGAUGACGCUACUGGCAUAAAACUAAAAUCUCGUAAAUUGGACGAAACUGAAUACGAUGACCCCGAUGACGCUGAUGAACUGAAAGAUGCCCAAGAUGAUGAAGAUCUAAAUGAUGAAGGAUUCCUUGAUACCGAAGCUGAGGAAAGUAGCGAUGAAGUAGAAAAUGAAAAAGGUGAUAAACAAAUGGAGAAAAUCCUUGAAAAUUCGAUGGUAGAAAAUUAUGUUUAUGAUAAGAAACAUUAUUUAUGGGCAAAAUUGACAUUUAAUAUUGAUAUGAAGUAUAAACAACCCAACAUUUUAUCGAUUAUAAAAGAGUUGGCUCAAAAGACUGUAAUUCAUCAAGUUGAUAAGAUUAAGCGCGCCAUCAUCUAUAAGGGCAAUAAUAAUGAACAGACACUUAAGACCGAUGGUAUUAACAUCGUUGAAAUGUUUAAACAUAAUACAGUUCUUGACUUAAAUCGUUUAUACUCAAACGAUAUACACGCCAUUGCUCGUACUUAUGGUAUAGAAGCUGCCGCCCAAGUGAUUGUUCAGGAAGUAACGAACGUUUUCAAAGUGUAUGGCAUUACGGUGGAUCGUCGUCACUUAUCGCUCAUAGCAGAUUACAUGACCUUUAAUGGGACAUUCCAGCCACUGUCCCGUAAGGGCAUGGAGCACUCUUCCUCACCACUUCAGCAAAUGUCGUUUGAGUCGUGCUUACAAUUUUUGAAAAAUGCUGCAGGAGCUGGUUGUUCGGAUGAAUUGAAUUCACCAUCCAGUCGUUUGAUGGUUGGUCUGCCAGUUAAAAAUGGCACAGGUGCCUUUGAUCUGUUGACAAAAAUAUGCUAAUUAUUUACAAUAAAUAUUAUUCUAUAUACUAUUAUGGUUCAAAU